AUGACCAUGCCGACACCUCUCGAAUGGGAUGCUCAACGAGAUUGGGGAAUGGACGUAACAUUGGACACCCCUUCAAUUAGUUUACUCCGAGAUCAUGUCACGCUUAUAUCUGAUCUCUCAAGGGACUGGAGUUCAGGUGCUACCGGGGGAGACUACCAUCAUUUUGUUCCUAAUCAUUAUAACUUCCGAGUAUCUCUCAUCAACUACGACCUUCAUUUGUAUAUAAACGAUUACAAUAUCGUCGAUGCACCUUGGUCACGAGAUUCAAACGCCGUAGCUUCAACCCAAUAUCGGCCCGAAUCAUCGACCGUACCAUUUAGUGUCAGUCUGUCUGAUGCAAGAGUCGAAUUAUGUGUACCUAAGUGGGAUACACACCGAGCGUUCGGACCAGACGUCACUGAAAUCGGUAAGAUCGGUGAUCUCACGGCUAAAGGAUCUUACUUGUAUUACUCGAUACCAAAGCCUGAUCAUCAAGAAACACUCGACCUACAUCUCGAGGGUAAACAUGUAGUUUUCAAAGCUUUUGGUUGGGUCCUGCGAAGAUUAUUCUGCGUCAAGGAUAAUUAUUUCGGUACUUUCACUCAAUUUCGAACGAUGCAAGAAUACCUGGAGAAGUUUGAUCAUGAUCCGGACUCCGUGGGAGACCCUAUAGAAGAGAAAUAUAGACCAGGCAGAUCCGAUCCAUUUGCCGUCUUCGUCACGAUGAACGUGGAAGAAUCCCUCGUCUUGAUGUCAGAUGAGAUAUACAAUUGCCGAAAAGGACUGGUCAUACCGGUGCCCCAGCUACAAAUGAAUCUAAAAUCAGUCGAGCAUUUCAUGGAGUUAUCUCUCGAUGCACCUCCUACUUAUGUUACGGCAUCUCCCGACCUCGAUGGUGUAUUCGCGAUAGGUGGAUGUCCAUCCAUCACUGAGACAGAUAUCAUCUUCAUCGAGGGUAUUGAAGUGAAGGCCAAUAGACUGUUCGGUCCACAGCCGCAAGCGACCACCUACCUUUGUCUGUGGGAAAUCGUCAUUCCUAAAGUAUCAGCAUUCGUCAGUCCUGAACUCGUCUCAAUCCUACAAGCCGCUGGGAGAAGUGUGGGAUAUACAUUCUCUGAUCCUGAAAAUGGUCCCUCUGAGAUUUAUGUGCCGAAAUCUGCUCCUGAUGCGGGAGACAACGCCAUCUCUGUCGAAAUGCCAAGCGGACUUUCUCUGGAUACAAGCACAAUGGGAACUCGAUCUUAUAGCUCCAUGAUGGGUGUUUCACUGCCUUCCCUCAUUGUCAAUGUACUGGAGAAAGUACCUAAAACCACUUGGCAAUCAGUUGGCUCCGCUAGAGCUGGUGCGGCGAUAGAUAUAUUCAAAGCUCCAUCAGGAUGGAGAGAAGCUGUUGCCCGACAACAAGACUUUAUCAGGAAAGAGGAUGAGGAGACAAGUAGGAUUUGGUACAUGUAUGAGGAGUCAAAGCCUUCUGUACAACUUCAUGUCAACGGUCUUUACCUGCCGCAACCGAUGCGGCAGUUCCCAGAAGAUGAUGAAUCAGUAAAUGAAGAAUCAGAGCGGUCUACUAUAGGCUCUGAUCACGACGAGAUUGCCUCUUCCUCGGCUAGCUCGACUGGAAACGACGUCGGAUACCACGAUUUUGACCAAUUAAGGCUUCGGAAUAGAAGAUCGAGAUCGUUCGCGACUGCAAGGGAAACGCCAGGCAACUCGACCGUAGGCGAGGAGUCUGAUACUGAUUCAAGCGCUAUCUCGAUCGUUGGAUCGAUCUCAUCGAAUACCGCUAAGGCAUAUGGUGAUAUCGCCUCGGCAAUGGAUGCAAAGCUUAGGAGCUUCCACACAAUUUAUUUAAACAAAGAAUCCUUCGUGAAUGUCUAUGAGUCUCAUAGUCUUAUUGAUGAUUCUCCAUCUACUGUCCGGUCGAUCGAUGAUGGUACAAUCAUCCGUAUCAAGAGUAAAGCCAUCAGCUUAGACUUGACACCCACGUCUAUCCCAGCCAUCUCGACCAUCCUUACCGGUCUAUCAACUAAAGAUGAAGGGUUCGAAAAACGGCUCGACGCACUACUGGCGGAACAGCUAUCGGCGAUAGAAGAAGAGUCAAAAGUCACUGUCCCAACAGUUUUAGAUCUACGGUUACCCUCAGUCGGGCUCAACUUGUCGACAGGAGGCAAACGACAAAUCUCUCUCGCAACUCAGCUACAAGGUAUUAGCUGUCACUUGUCUCACUAUGCGCCUCGGAACAAGCAAGCUACUUUUGAUAUCUCGGCAAAAGUCUCUAUCAUUACCCUUGCCGCUCUAGCUUCAACAUCACCGAUCUCAGACAUCUCCCUGCGUGAUGUCUCCGAUCUCGACGAUGAACCAUUCGGUGGUCUCCCCGUUCUCAAGGCAGCAAUGCAAGGUCUCGAGAUCGCUGCUCACCAUAGUCAGGGUGUGCGGAUGCAUACCAAAGUAUCGCACGCGACCAUCGACACGGUCACUCCUGCUUUUGAGACCAUCUUCAGCUUGAUUCAGCCUUGGCAAGAAUCGAUCAGGCAGAUUCAGAUGUCAAAGCCCUCAGCAGCUUCCGAUGCCCAUGUUCUGUAUACGAUUCUACAAAAAGUUAUAGAACAUGGAUAUGACGCUUACCUACCAGCCUUUGCUUACGAACGAGCGUAUGGUCUCCAUGUGCAAGAUUUCAGGAAUGUCAGGACUCAAACUGGAUGGUGGUUAUUAGCUCGAUUCCGUGAUUGGUAUAGACGAAUUCCUGCACAGCAACCAGUGGAGCCAGAGUUGCCCUUGGAUCAGAUGGCAGAAUACACCAUCAACCAGUUAUGCAGAGUGGAAGAUACGGUUCACGGAGCUGAAAAUGUUAUUCGAGACCAACAUUUCAUCCAGCGAGUUUUCGGUAAUACUAUACGUGAAUCGACGAAUAGGAAGCAGAAAGAAAAGGCGAUGGAUUUGUUCUUAUAUUCCGAAAAUCUUAAGAUCAGCCAUCAUGGACAUUCUCUUGGAUCGAAGAAGAUAUCUUCUAGUAGUAUCGUCAUCGAUAAAGCUUCUUUUGGCGGAUCCAAAGCUACAGGAAGAACGGACGAUCGACCAGUCACUCAAAUCCAGCUGGUCGUGGCUGUCAAAGAAGUGCGAACAGAAAUUCAAGAUAGUAUACUAGGCUCAGUCCGAGCUGCAUUAGAGCAGAUGCCUGAGAUGGCAGUCAAAACAGAACACUCAAAUCUGAAAUCAACAGAUUCAAACCUCGUCAUCGUUGCUGAUGGACAUAUUGGAACGAUCAACCUCGAUGUCCAAGGCGGUGGGUUAAGGUUACAUUUCGGUGCAAACGAUUUGCAUCUCACUAGGCUGGCUCGUCAGAGCGUUCGACCAAAUCAUGAUUCGCCUCAUCGAUCCUCUAAAGAGACCGUCAAUGCCACUUGCGCUUCUAUUGAGCUUUCGGUGUUGCAGAUGGAAGAAACCCAGAAGCAAGCCGACCGCUCAUCAGAUCGAAUCAUCGUUGGCCUGAAAUCUGAUGGACUGUCUACAUUAUACGACAAUUACCAUUCCACCUCUCGUAAAUCACCUUCUCCAGGCACAAAGAUAGCUGUGGGAUUGAAACUGUUGGAUUUCGACUCGAGACCUCAGCUACGAGCUUUCUAUGCGUUCGUGCAGGCGUGGAAGGAUAAAGAAUUGCCCAUCAAUGAGAUCCGGUCGAUAGUCUCCGCCAAAAUACCAAGUCGGCCUGAAUCAGGCAGGCCAUCCUCUCCUCUGCACCUGGCUGCUGUCGAUGUCGCGAUCGAAGCGUUACAUAUGCAAGUACGAGCAGCCAAGGCUUUGUGGCUCAGAUGGGAUAUAGGCAAAAUAUACGCCUCGCGUCAAGACGUCAAUGACAACGUCCGAUUCGCAAUACGAGUUGCCCCUCAGGUAGUUGGAGCCUACGCUUCGAUACGUAAGCACAAGUCCACUGAUUCCUCAGCACUUCGACUUCCCUCUAUCACUAUCAUUGGUGAUACAAAGUCAACCGAUGGUCGUGCGCAUGUAUCAGCCAAUAUCGAAUUAGGGUUUUUCACUGGGGUCCUGAAACCAGUUAUUCUCGACCGACUAUUAUCUCUUCAUCAACAAUUGGCUGCGGACAUCACUCAAUUCGUCAAUGAUUGGCAUAACGACGUCACCAGAGCAAUCAACAAGCGCCAUACAAAGGGCAUCUCUAUGGCUUCUAUCGACACUGCGUCAUCGGUACACGCAGACUCGCCAGGCUUGCUGUUUGAUAUACAUAUCGGCGUGGCUGGUUUGCGACUUGGACUUCGUGCUGAUGAUGUCGCUACGACGUUACUUUUCGAGGCAUUAGCAGUGAAAGGUAGAGCGACCAAUCUCCUCACAAAAGAAAAUGCACUUCAUUGGCGAGCGAAGAUUGAUCAUUUCGGAUUAUCCCUUGGUCAUCUUGGUUCUCAAGCUCUCUCCAACGAUACCGAACCUGUAAGAACCCAUCGCACAGCGUAUAUGAUCUUAGAUGCAGAAGUGCAGGAAGUACCGCCAACCCCCCAAUCCACCUCAAGACUGAACAUCAACCUCAGCCGUGUUCACACUGUCAUGCAUCCGGAAGCUCUCAGUGAAUUGACUGAUCUCUUGAAAAGUUGGACGUCGGAUCUGCACAUAUUGCGUGAUCAUCGUUCGGCCGAGGUAGCGGAAGUCAAGGUACAUACCAGCAGGGUACUUAAACGCUUGGAAUCAGCAGAGAAGGUGGAGCAUUCAGAGAAAUCUUGGUUUGCCAACAGACUUGUAUUUGUUGAAGUUUCCGGUAUUGGAAUUGCCAUACCCUUGGUGGAAGGUGCAGCUAUCGGUGACACGAUUCAUAGCGACCUACCCGCAUUACUGUACUCGAUCAGAGUGAUCAGUUUCCAAAAUAGGCGAAAUGAAACAGCUAGAUUCAAGGUGCAAAAUAUGGUUCUACAGUUCAUCAGGAACUCUCCCGAGCAUUUCACUGGCGAUUUCCAUGAGUCAGUCAACCGUAUGACUCUCCCCUCUAUCGAUAUGGAAGCUCAGAUGUCUUCCACUCCCGACAUCUGGCAGCUGUCCGCUCAUUGCUCCGCGACCGAUUUCAAGCUUUCUUUGUCCCCCGAAGUCGCAGAUGGUAUAUUCAAACUUAUCGACCUGUUCCACAAUGGUAAAGAACGAAUCACCAAGCUUGAGGCGCACUAUAAAUCCGAAAUGGCUAAACACCCUUACGAGUCGGUCUCUGCAAAAUACGAUGAUCCCUCUUCUCCAGCCGUAGUUCGUCCAUCUCAGCGGAUACUUGUCAGGAUGUCAUAUACCUUCAACAGUGGCAUUGUCGAGCUUCAUCGAGGCCUAUCGGAAAGCGAACGAAAGACCUUGAAUGCGGAUAUGAAGAAGAGUAGACAAUGGCAUGAUACCGUUGUACUGCCUACGGUAUCGCUGUGGAUGAACUAUUCUGGACCUAAAGCGAUGAAUCCAGCAUCAGAUGAUAAUGGGGAUAAUGAUGCUUCACUUCUGUUCAACGCCAGCCGCAACCUUCUUCGACCUACGAUACUACCCUUCUUUGUACAAGUCAUUAAUCGUAUGGAAGGUCGUGCCAAGCAUAAAGUAGCCGCUUCUACUGCCACUACUCAACCACAACCAGAACCCAUACCAGCAUCGAUCAGCGAACAAUCCGUUCAUACUGUGUCCCGAACUCCCAUGGAGAAGAUCAGAUUACGAUUCACCUUACGAAUCGAUAAAUCAAGACUUCGCUUAUCGUGUGCUCCCGACUCUAACGCUUAUGUGGAUCUCAAAUGGGAGAGUGGUGGUUUCCUGGCCAGCACGACCAUCGGUGGAAAUGACGUGACAACUGUUGCCGGUACUAUCUCCGGUGUCACCGCUUACUUGCGUCAUGAAUUCGCAGAAGAAGGUAGAAGUUGUAUCGAGGCUGGCGCUAAAGACAUGGCAUUCACAAUUGCCCAUCGACCCGAUGAUGGUAACGGACAUCAAAAAGGCCUAUCUAUCGUACUGGAUACUCAACUGUCCGGUCAAUUCAGAUUGGAACAGUUUAGCGCUUGGUUGACAUUCGCUGCUGUAUGGAUCGAUUCCGCUCCUCCCCUUGAUUUACCUCCAAAGUCAUCCAUUGUAGAGGCAGCUACCAGCUCGGCGCCAGCUUUAGCACCCAUUCCAAGUCAGCAAAAGCUGGCUAUAGUAGCUCUGAUUAGAUUCAGAAGUAUCGACCUCGAUGCGAAUGUCGGUGUGACCAAUGCGAAGUUGGAAUUCACGCCUAUCGUCCUUCGAACUAUAUCCAAUGGGGAAUUUACCGAGGUGGACCUAGAUAUCGGAGUCACUCAGCUGACAGCGAAAGGUGAUAUUUCUGGAGAAUUGAGGAGUGAACAUCUGAAUUUCCAUACUUCCCGACGAUCCUCUCGAUCGGCUACGCAAGCUGUUCCAACGGUGUUGAGUAUGGCUAUAGAUGCGGGCGAUUUGACUGGUAGUUUGCUGUUGCAAGAGCUAAAGGUUAUCAUUUUCCAUCUGGAACCGGCGACUGUUAAAUUAGCAGACGAUUGGAAAGCCUUCAAUGACGAUCAGAACUCUCAAGUGAAUCUGUCCUUUACCGUUCAAACAGGAGUCUUCCGCGCUAUAGCACGAUUACUUGCCAUCCCCUCUCUACUCAACAAAGUGUACUCUAUCACUAAUACAUUCGAUUCUCAAGAAAGGGUGGCGUCUCAAAGGUCGAACAUAUACAAAUCUACCAAACUUCGUAAAUCCACCGAACCUUCACCUAUGGCAGCGGCUAUACUCCAUACCGCUCGUAAAGCGGGUCAAUCGAUGAACACCUCAGGUAGCGUGCGAACCUCUCAGACUAUGAAAUUCGAUUUGGGUGGAAUUGAAUUAGGUAUAUUCAAUGCACCUGUCACGGACGAGCACAGAGGCGAUUUCUAUAGAUUCAUGAUUGGUAAAUGUGAGACGGACUUGAAGAGACGAUUGUCCAAAGAAGGGUUACCGAAGAGAGAUCUCAGCGUGCUAGUAUCUUUUGUCAGUUGGGAUACCAGUGAUGGACCGAGGGCAGCGAAAGAUGCAGCUGGAUCGAGGGUCGUGAAGGAAAUGAUCGAAUCAGCUUCGAAACAUGGCAAAAGGGAGAUAGCUUGGUUACCUCUGAUGACCAUGACGAUGCACUCGAUUGAAGAACCUCGUCCGCCCGUUAUCGUAUACGAUUUCGACCUAAUAUGGGGAGAAGGUGAUGGAGAUGUUGCAAUCUUACCGUACUUCUUUGAACAGGCUUACAAGACCUUCGAUGCUUUCACCAAAGGAUUGGAGCGAGAACAGAUCACUAAAGCCAAACGUAGAGGAGAAGAUAUGCCAGUCAGGCGAAACACCUCUACAGUCAAUUUCGAGAUCAAACAUAAUUCCAACAACGGUGCAGACAAGGUCAAAGAAGAAGAGGAUGACGAUGGUGGUAAUGAGCAAUUGACCUUCAGAACGAGACUGGCAGGAACAAGACCUUUGCCCGUACCGAGAUUGAGAUUGUUAGGUGAAGGUACGAGACAGGCGAUGGUGAUCAUACCUAGAAUCAACGAGUUUUCAGAACAGUUGCCUAUCAUGGUACAUAAAGGGAUCACGUCGCCUUUGGAGGAUGGUAUGGAUUUAUUACUCAAAUUAUACGAAAAACAACUACCUGAUCGAGCGACCUAG